UCUGCCAGCCUGUUCCGCGCUGUGAGUGCUGGGCUGGGGGCGGCCAGCCGGGCCCGGGAGCCCCCGCCCUCCCGCAGGGAGGCCGGCCUCAGGGUGUCUGUGGCCUCCUGUCCGCUUCUCCGGCCGGAAGAAGGUGCGGCUCGCAUCUUGUGCGCUCAGCCCCCCGCCCCCGCCCCCGCCGUUCGGCCACGCCGCUCGGGGGAGGGGGAGGGCACACGGCACCCACGGCCACCGAGCCCCGCUGUGAUGGCCUCCUCGGCGGCCAGACCGUCCAGAGGCCACUGCCCACUGCUGUAAUGGAAACUUCUCAGCGGGCUCGUGAGCCGCGACAGCUCGGGUUCCCGCUCGGCUCCGGGCUCCGAUCAGCCGCGGGUGGGGGGCCAGGCAGGUGGGCGAGCCACCCGGAGGUGCGGCGCCUGCAGGAGCCCAGGACCAUGCUCCGAUAAAUGAGGACUGCAGGGCAGACCUUGAGCCCCGACUCCCGGCCAGAGACGCGACAUCAGACCAGAAAGAAUGAAGAGGCCGCUCCGAGCUCGACGGAGCCAGGGGCAGGGAGGGAGGGCUACAAGAGGUGUCCCCCCUCCAUCCUGAGGCAGAGCCGGCCGGAGCGCCGCAGCCGUGGGGCCGAGCCACAGAAGACCGCCAGGCACGUGCGGUUCCGGGAGCCCCCGGAGGUGGCCGUCCACUACAUCGCCAGCAGGGAGUCCACUACGGCCACCAAGGCGCUCGGCCGGCCCAGGUCCCGCGGCGGCUCCCUGCUCCUGCGGCUGUCCGUGUGUCUCCUGCUGGUGCUCAUGCUGGGUCUGUACUGCGGCCGGGCCGAGCGGGUGACACUGGCCCUCGAGGACCUCCGGGCCCGGCUCCUCGUGCUUGCCCUGCGCCUGAGGCACACGGCCGUCACCUGCUGGCACCGCCUGCUGCAGCUGUGACCGCGGCCAGAUGCUCGCCCCCACCCCCCACGGCCCCCGUCGUGCAGGGCAGGA